UUUCUUUUUCCAGAAAACUUACGCCAAAAUAAAAUCUUGUCGCAUAAAAGCUCGUACCGUACAUUGUUAAGGUACCUCAUUUUUGACUUUCGGAGUAUAUCCGAAUCACCACUUCCACCCCGCAGAAACACUAAGUAACUAGUUCCCCCAGCAUACGACUGACUCAGCGCUGGCUUCUGUUUGAAUUGUGAGAGGGUUCUAUGCGAGAGAAAUCAAAAUAUCCACUAUUAUCACUUCAAAGGACCCCUUUAUAUAAGCAUCGAUGGAAUCGCAAACUGACAAUAAACUAUACGUUAGCGCACCAGAUGCUACGGAAUUCGUGCGCUCAGUCCUCAUUGGCAACGGUGUCCCUCCUAGAAAUGCAAGUAUUGUAGCCGAUUGUCUGGUUCAAGCGGAUCUUCGUGGCGUCGAUACCCAUGGCAUCAAUCGCAUCCCCUCAUACAUGGCACGGAUUCGAGAAGGAGUCUUGGAUGCCAAAGCAGAUCCCUCACUGCACCAGAUCACUCCUGUUGUGGCACAAGUGGAUGGGAAGAAUGGCUUCGGUUUUGUCGCAGCACAUAUGGGUAUGGCGCGCGCGAUCGAGAUGGCAAAGGACUUCGGAAUCGGCAUGGUUUCGGUGAAACACUCGAAUCAUUUCGGGAUGUCUGCGUGGGUUGUGCAACAGGCACUAGAUGCGGGGAUGAUGAGUCUUGUCUUUACAAAUUCUUCGCCGGCACUACCUGUCUGGGGUGGACGGUCGAAGCUAAUGGGAGUAUCGCCUAUCGCGUGCGGUGCACCAGCAGGGAAGGAGAAGCCGUUUAUUCUGGACAUGGCACCUUCUGUCGCAGCGAGGGGCAAGAUAUACAAGGCAGCUCGUCGCGGGGAGAAGAUCCCAACCGACUGGGCAUUGGACGGCGAAGGAAAGCAAACGGAUGAUCCGAAUAAAGCUCUUGAGGGGGUCAUGCUUCCAAUGGGUGGGCCGAAGGGCUCUGCGCUUGCGAUCAUGAUGGAUGUUUUCUCUGGCGUGUUGUCUGGCUCGGCGUUUGCAGGACAUGUCACUAAUCCAUAUGAUCCAUCAAAACCAGCAGAUGUAGGCCAUUUUAUGGUCGCAAUCAAACCAGAUCUAUUCAUGAGCCUGGAAGACUUCAAGGAGAGAAUGGAUUAUCUGUACAGAAGGGUUGUGGAAUCGGACAAAAUGGCUGGGGUUGAUCGGAUAUAUUACCCGGGUGAGAUUGAGCAGCUAACGAGGGAUCAGAGACUGGAAACGGGGAUUCCGUAUGUGCAGGCGGAAAUUGAUGCAUUGAAUAGAGAAGCAGAACGAGUUGGUGCGGAGAAUAUUAACAUUUUGAAAAAGUGAGGUUGCUUUUUAGUGCUGUGUAUGUCGUUUCUGUAUGCUCGGUGAUUCCUUUUAUAGGUGGACAAUCUCGUGGAUAGACGAUGUUUCUAAUUUCAUGCGUGGAAUCCUUCUCGGCGAUACUUGGGUCCAAAUAGAUGUCAUACAAUAAAAUCAUGAAG